UCUUAUAAGGAGCAGGAAGACCACUUUCUUCCGUCUCUCCUCUAUCGCGCCGCUGCUCUCACAGUUGCUUACGUCAAACAAGCAGCGAAAAUGCCGUUUAAGAGGUAUGUCGAGAUCGGAAGGGUUGCCCUCGUCAACUACGGUGAAGACUACGGAAAGCUCGUUGUCAUCGUUGAUGUUAUCGACCAGAAUCGGGCUCUGGUUGAUGCCCCUGAUAUGGAGCGAUCUCAAAUGAACUUUAAGAGACUCUCCCUGACAGAUAUCAAAAUUGAUAUUAAAAGGGUCCCUAAGAAGAAGGAGCUGAUUGAAGCCAUGAAAGCUGGGGAUGUUCAGAAGAAAUGGGAAGAUAGUUCAUGGGGCAGAAAAUUGAUUGUUAAGAAGAGAAGAGCCUCUCUCAACGACUUCGACAGGUUCAAGCUUAUGUUGGCCAAGAUUAAGAGGGCAGGAUUGGUUAGGCAAGAGCUUUCGAAGUUGAAGAAGGCCGAGGCCUAGAGGUUCAUUUUUUCAAUGGAUUUUCCCAUUUUGCUGUCAACUUUCUUUAACAUCUAUAAGUCGUUGAUUUAUAGAUCCAAACUUUUUGUAGCAGUAUCAUUGCCUUUAAGUCAUUGUGUUCAACUUCGUCCAUUUUUAAUCUUAAUACGCCAAUUUCUUAUUUGGAUUUUAAUUGUUAUUACUUUAUCAUCCUCUUUGUAAAAGGCCCUUAUGUUUAAUUGGCUUGAAUGCGAAUUCUGGUC